CAUCAGGUAAGUUGUUGCUGAAUAAACAACUGGAUGAGAAACAGAAAACUAGCUCUUGUUGUGGCCUUAAUAGCUUUAUCCCUGAAUAUAGAACGUAACUACGUAUAGCUAAGAGUGCUCAACAGCAAGUUUAAUCAUGACAGGAUUGGGAGCUGCUGUUUUUUACUGGUUGGCAUUAAGUUUAACUCUUCGGAUAAAUGCAACCUUCCUGGUGAGUGAUGAGAGGCCGUGUUCAAUGGAGAGAGUCACGUUUACCUGCACUGCUCCUGGAGCUAACCUGAGAUGGUCACUAUCUGAUGUUUCGAAUAUCAAUGUUAACCAGUUCACUCCCCUCAACACACCUCUGAUGCCACAACCAGGUUAUACUGUGACACGGGUUGCUCUCAACAAUACUAGUAUAGCAUCUACCCUCUCAAGAAUAGCCAAGGAUGGAGUCAUGGUGACUUGUCUGAACCCUUCAAAUGAGAUUGGAUCAGCGACUAUUCAGUUGGCUGUUCCUCCUUCUCUUCCUCAAAGAGUCGGUCACUCUGUUGAUAGCAGUUCAGCCGAUAGAGUCAGUGUGAUAGUUGGUUGGGACCCUCCUACUGAGACUGGUGGUAGAGAUGACCUCACUUACACAGUGACCAUCUCACUUUCGGCCCAGCUCUCUGCUACUAUCCAGACAUCUACCUCUGUCACUGUGACUGCUCAAUACAAUAUGGACUACAAUGUCAGUAUUGUGGCUACCAACUGUGCUGGGAACAGUACAACCGCUGAGUACAACUUUAGGAUUGGUGGUUGUCCUGUGUUGAUCAAACCCACAAAUGGAGCCUUUCGACCAGUCUCCAGCAGAUUGCCAGAAUCCACAGUAACCAUCCAGUGUGAUGCUGGGUAUGUAUCUCCUGUUACAGUAGUGACAUGUGAGGGUACGCUGAUGUGGAGUCCAUACCCUGAGGCUAUUGAGUGUAGAUCAACAACUGAGCCUACUCCUCCUCCAAUGAGGUGUACGGAUCAACUGGACCCACCACAAAAUGGCACCACCAGUAAUCAUUCAGUACCAGCUAUUCCUGGUACACAAGUCAACUUUCAGUGUAACAAUGGACUGUUCCCUGAGGGGAUAAUGACUGCCACCUGUCUAGCUACAGGGGAGUGGGACAAGAACCCGGGGGAGAACAUGUGCAGAAAUGAACCUACAGUUUCGUGUGUUCUGCCUGCCCCUCCAUUCAAUGGAGCAUUACUCAACACCAACUCUCAGAACACUAACUUAACCGAGAGCUCAAUCAUUACCUUUCAAUGUGAUCCUGGGUUCUCACUGGUGGGUGCAGCGACUGUAACUUGUAACAACUCUGGUCUCUGGUAUCCUGAUCCUGCUCUAUUGCAGUGUAUAUACAUAAGUUUUCCAUCACCCACUCUAUCUACUGAUGCAGCUGUUUCUAUCAGUGUGGUUGUCACUGCAGUUGCUUUCACAGUCAUUGGAUUUCUCACUGGACUCCUAGUGAUGCACCUUUGCUCUUGUAAGAAGGCAGUGUACUCCCCGGCAGCUAAAGGGCACGUUAACGUAGGACCCACUGCACCAGCUGGUCCUGUUUAUGAAGAGGUGUCACCCAAAGAUGAGAUUGAACUCAACACUAACCAGGCAUAUGGACCAGUUGGACUGUGAAACUUAUAAAGUGUGUACCUUCCUAUUACCUUUAAGGUUAUACUAUUAGCGUUUUUCAGAUUUUUCUCUACUUUUAGGGCGGAUUUGCAGUAAAUUUAGUUGGUAAUAAUUUUCUAUAAGUAUGAGUUUUAUAGGAAAGUUUGGAGUCAGAUGUAGAUAAAAGGCUAUUAUAGUUUAGUAUAAUCAAAAGUACAGAAAAAGGUUUAUAAUCAAUGAGA